UGGCCGCCUGUGGUGUCGGAGGAGAGCGCGGCGGUUUCCCGCUGCACGUGCUGUGGUUGGAGCAGGCGGCGGACCAGACGCCAAGAUGCUGUGCGGCGAGGUGCACGUGGCGACGCCUGGUGGUGACGGUGGUCGGAGUCGCUUGUCUGCCCCUGACGGCGUUGGACGUUACGGCGGAUGUGCUUGUGGAAGUCGUUGUCGUAUCAGCUGUUGUCGUUGUCGGCGGAGUUGUGGACCGAUGACGGCGCCGGCAGUGGUGGUUGUGGUGCUGGUGCUGCUGGUGGUGGUGGGACCUCAGGAAUGUGUGGGUAGCAAGGACCAGAGUCACAAGCGGGAGUCGGACAGGCUGGACAGUCUGCUCAAGGCCGUGUACCACGAGAGAUGGCGGGAAUUCCCCGAGUACGCCACGUACAGCGGUUACCAUGGUUACGACGACGCCCUGGAGUCGUUCACAAUGGCGGCAUUUGACAGGAGAAAGGAACUGGUGGAGAAGUGGCUGGCAGAGACCAAGUCCAUUCCCACAGACCGUUUGUCCAAGAAGGACCAGCGCGAGGUUCGGAUCCUCAAGUCGUUUCUACAGACCUACCUGGACGGCUACAAGUGGCGAGAUUAUGGGUCGUUGAAUUCGGUCAACUUUCUGGAAGGAGUGUCUAAAGGUCCGCAGUGGCCGCUGUACUCCAACCUGAAGGACAAGGACUCCCUGCAGAACUACCUCAAGCGCCUGGCCGCGGUGCCCUCGCAGGUAGAAGAACAAAUAACGCUGAUGAAAAGAGCGAUGAGGCUCAAAAGAACAAAUCACAUAGUGUCUGUGGAUCGAGUCCCGUCUAUGAUCGACCGCAUCCACGUGGAGCAGAUGUACGCCAUGCCUUUCCAGUCUUCACUAGAGAAGAGUUCGCUCCCUAGACACCUCAAGACUCAUUUAUGGGAAAAGGCAAAAGAACUGAUUGACCCCAUUUCCAAAUCGCUUAAACGCCUCAAAAAGUUCGUUGAGCAGGAGUAUCUGCCAGUCACGCGGUCUGUAGAGGGAGUUCACUCCCUUGCCAGUGGCGCUGAGUACUACCAGGCUUGUCUCGACUGGUACCUCGGCUUCCGCAUCACACCGGAAGAAAUCUUCGACCUCGGGGUCAGGGAAGUUUCAAGGAUCGAAAACAACAUCAAAAAGAUCAUGGAGAACGUUGGUUUCCGUGGCAACCUGAAAUCGUUUUUCCAGUAUGUUAAGUUCAUUCCCAAGUUCUACAACCACACAAAGGAAGAGCUGUUGCUAAGAUACAAUCUGAUGCUAGAUGACGUCAUCCAACCCAAACUGUCCCGGAUGUUCUACAACGUACCGAUCCCAGAAGUUUUGGUGGCUCCCAUUGAGAAUGAUGGACCUUGGGGUUCGUACGGUCAGAAUGUUUUCUAUGUCAACCUGAAGGAACCAAACAAGAGAUCGACCUUCACCAUGUUGCCGCUGGCGCUGCACGAGACGAACCCUGGCCACCACUUCCAGGAGUCGUACACCCGCCGCUUCAGCAUCCCCGGGUACCGGGCGGACGCCAUGAACGGUCGCCUCUUCUCCGUCCCCUUCCACUUCCCCGUCUACAGCGCCUACGCCGAGGGAUGGGCCCUGUAUGCAGAAUACCUGGGAGAAGAGAUGGGACUCUUUGACGACCAUUUCGACCUUUUCGGCAGAUACUGCUCUGAGAUCUUCCGAGCCUGUCGCCUCGUAGUGGAUUCUGGGAUACAUGCUUUUGGAUGGGAUCGUGACAGAGCCAUCUCCUUCCUGUCCAACUACAGUGAUUUUCCGGCCAGCCAGAUAGAAGCAGAAGUAGACAGAUACAUCACGUGGCCUGGCCAGGCAUGCGCAUACAAGGUUGGCGAGAUCAAAAUUAAAGAAAUGCGCCAAAGAGCGGAAGAGCAACUAGGUCGUCGCUUUGACCCAAAAGAAUUCCACCACGAGAUUCUCAAAGUCGGGUACGUGCCGCUGGACAUCCUGGAUGAGGUGAUCACCGAGUGGAUCGAGUCCAAGAAAGACCCGCCGCAGAUCGAGGAACCAGCAGACGACACCCUCGUGACGCAACAGUCGACGUCACGGGCCACCACGAGCAGCCAUCUUGCCUGGCUUCUGCUUCUACUACCUUCAGCACAGCCAGGAUCUACAGGUAGCGACGACAUCCACAGCCACUCACAACAGGUGCCAUUGUCUAGCAAGACUGUCGUCGUCUUUGUCGAAAUCUCAUCACUUUGUCGUUGGCGAUGAAAUCCCUGGCAAGUGCCAAGCAGGGAUGCAGUGAGAAACACAGACACUGCUAGUGAUGCUGAAGACGGUUAGAAAGCAGUUGGGCAUCAAACAUUCUCUGCUGGAACAUUUGACAGACCUGGAAAUUAUUUUCUGGGAUGUUGAAGGUUCCUUUGUGUAGUAGACUGAAGCGAUCAGUAGUUUAGACUGUGAUAGUGAGAAGCCUUAGGACAACUUCAUCAAAAUCCUUUUUCUCUUGGUAAUUGUGUUUCGUGUAUUUCAUUGAAUCAGUUAGUGCACAACACUAUUUUCUGUGUAUUACACGAAAUUUAGUUAGCGUAUUUCAUGAGAGUUUGGUUAGUUUAUAACAUUUCAUUAGAGUGUUGCACAAAGUUGUCCAGGUCGCUGAAAAGAGACAUUUCUUAGUGUCUCACAUCUUAAUGAAAGGUAUAAAGAUUUUUACAACAUUUCUGGUAUACACUAAAGUGUUUUGUAAAUUUAUUAUUUGCAUUUCAUGUCAUGUUGGAUAUUUUCAGUUGAAAUCCUAUUUUGUCCUGGGAUUAGCCGUUGCAGUCUUGUUUUUGUCUGGAUGUCAACGGUAGUCACAGAUGAAUGUUUGUUUGGACAGCUAACCUAGCAAGCCAAAGACUAAGGAACAAAUUUUAUUUCGCAUGAUCUAUCACUUCUCAAACAGAAGUAACAAGCAGGACAAGUGUUAACUGCAUUGUUAUAAGGCCAAGUCUUAUGUUAUUAUCUUUUCUUUUUGCAAGUCAGUGUUUGCGGGUGUUUGCGUGUGUGUGUGUGUGUUAAUUCAACAUUUCUUGCUGCUUUUUAUGAAGUUUAGUGUAAACAAUUAUAUGGAAAUCAACAAUAAUAAUCAUGUUGUUGUUGAUGAUGAUGUCAUCGAUGAUGUCGUCCAACUGUAACAGAGGAUCAUUCCCUUGCAUUCCUUGUUAUGGUAGUGUUAUGCCACUGAUGGUUGUUUCUCAAUACAGUUUUGUUAUGCUGUGAUUACCGUCAGCUCACACUGUCGUCGCCCCAUCCUUACACUUGAGAUAACACAGCUAGGGGAAGUAACCUGCAACAACGCAGCAAAAACUCGACCAGGGUGUUCUCUCCCUUGCUUCACUAUCGUGGCAUCGCAGACUGUGAAGGCGCUAGCCUAAGGUCAAGGGUCAAAGCGGCGAUAACAAGGUUGGAAAACGAUGCUUACACAGGCGGACUGUUAGACUAACGAGUAGUUGCCUUCUAAUUCCGUCUGCUGCCUGACACAUGAGGUAGUCUACCAUUUAUGCACCCCGGGUAGUAGGCAGCGGGUAGCCAGACACAAGAAGCGCGACGCGUGGAAAGUUGGCAGGAAGUCUGACACAUGGACAGCCUGGUACUGAAUUUAAAGGUAGUCUGGUAGUCUGAAGCAUGGGUGACCUGACACUGAACUUGGAGCAGGGUGAGCCUCACACUUAGGUAGCAGGACACAUGGGUAGCCUGGCACAUGACAGGCGCUCACCCCGAAUGUGACAGCAUGACAGUGACAUCCAUUAAUUUCAAACUCUGCUCCAAUACUUUGUCUUUGAUCCUAAUUGAGAAAUCGCCUCAGCACCUUCUGCACACGAGUUUCUCUGUUCAUGGACGCUAGUGUUGAUGAAGACUGAGUUGGAGAAACACAUAUUUGUGAGAUGACCACUGGGCUAAACUCUUACACUGCUGAGGGAAAGAUAAGUGAGUUCAUCUUGGCUUACCUGUUCUUGCCAACAAUUUAGAAAUGCUGUUGUGACAAAACCAACAAGUUUUCUGAGGACAGUUUGGCGACGAAGGACGAUGAAGGAGCAAGUGAGAAAAGAGUGAAUGGCAACUUUUGUUCUCUGGCUACAUUAUACUACUGAGAUAAAUGUGAUUUGAUGUGUGUUUUUAUUCUGAUGUCGAAAAUUGUUUCAAGUAGAACGCCUUGCAUUUGUGUUGAGAAGAUUAAACAUUAUUCAAGCUGA